AUGUCACGAAGAAGGUUAUUGAUCGGAGGCGCGGCAGGCGUCGCAGGCGCAGCAGUCGCCGCGUGGGCGAUAGCGGCAGAUGACUCACCAGUGCAAUGGUACAAACCACCAAGACUGUCAGCCAAAACCGAGCGUAAGAAGCGCCCUCUACCCACAAGAGCCGACCAGAUAGCAAGUCUGCAAGCUGGACACACAUACGAUAUCCUCAUCAUUGGAGGCGGUGCCACUGGGGCGGGUUGUGCUCUCGAUGCUUGCACAAGAGGUCUUCGUACCGCUAUGGUUGAGGCUGACGACUUUGCCAGUGGCACUUCAAGCCGCAGCACAAAGUUAAUUCACGGUGGUGUUCGUUACCUUCAGAAGGCUAUAAUGCAACUGGACUAUGACCAGUACAAAAUGGUGAAAGAAGCGCUACACGAAAGAGCCAAUAUGUUGGAGGUGGCGCCACAUUUGACAAGGCCGUUGCCAAUUUUACUGCCAGUUUAUAAAUGGUGGCAAGUCCCCUAUUACUGGUUCGGCAUCAAAAUGUACGACUUAGUGGCAGGCGAUAGGAACGUGAAAAAUUCGUAUUACCUAUCCAAGAAGAAUACUCUCGAAUUGUUCCCUAUGUUAAAAUCAGACAAUCUCUGUGGCGGUAUCGUGUAUUAUGACGGUCAACAAGAUGACGCUCGUAUGAACUUGGCGAUAGCGUUAACGGCUGCUCGACAUGGAGCUACUAUUGCUAAUCACGUCAAAGUCACCAAGCUCCAUAAGACUUCUGGCAAGCUUAGUGGCGCCAGGGUUAAGGAUGAACUAUCUGGCAAGGAAUGGGACGUCAAAGCGAAAUGCAUUAUCAAUGCGACCGGCCCCUUCACCGACAGUAUUAGAAAGAUGGACGACACAACGAUAAAGGAGAUUUGCUGUCCCUCAUCAGGAGUCCAUAUUGUAUUACCUGGAUAUUACAGUCCCGAACAUAUGGGUCUGCUCGACCCAGCGACUUCGGACGGUCGCGUCAUCUUCUUCCUGCCUUGGCUGAAAGGGACCAUCGCUGGCACAACGGACAUGCCCUGCGACGUCACGCGCAACCCUAAACCCACUGAAGAUGAAAUUGUCUUUAUCCUAACUGAAGUUAAAAAUUAUUUGAAUCCUGAUGUUGAAGUACGCCGCGGUGAUGUCCUCUCGGCUUGGUCCGGCAUCAGACCUCUAGUCUCCGACCCGAACAAGCCAGACACACAGUCUCUCGCCCGUAACCACAUCGUGCACGUGUCCACGUCCGGUCUCGUCACCAUCGCUGGUGGCAAGUGGACCACAUACAGAUCUAUGGCUGCUGAAACCAUUGACGCUGCUAUUGAGAGUGCCAACCUAAAGCCACUAUUCCGGGAAUGUCAAACAGACGGCUUCUUAAUAGAAGGAGCCCACGGCUGGACCCCUACAAUGUACAUUAGAUUAGUGCAAGAUUUUGGUCUGGAGAUGGAAGUGGCUCAACAUCUGGCAAAGUCCUAUGGAGAUCGAGCAUUUGCUGUUGCGAAGAUGGCGGCUAUGACCGGCAAGCGGUGGCCGAUCAUCGGCAAGAAGGUCCAUCCCGAGUUCCCGUACAUUGAUGCUGAAAUAAGGUACGGCGUGCGCGAGUACGCGUGCACGGCGGUGGAUAUGAUAGCGCGGCGCCUGCGCCUCGCCUUCCUCAACGUGCAGGCCGCCGCCGAGGCGCUGCCCGCCAUCGUCGACAUCAUGGCCGAGGAACUCAACUGGACCGACGCCGAGAAAAAGAAACAAAUAAAAGACGCUGGUGACUUCUUAGCCAACGAGAUGGGCCAGAUGGUGAACCGCGCUAGCCGCGACAAAAUUCCAAUCAACCUGAGCAAAGACGAGAUACAGACAUACAUCAAACGAUUCCAAAUUAUCGAUAAAGACAGGAAGGGCUUCGUAUCUAUCAACGAUAUUAGAAGAAGUCUCAAGAGUAUGGGUGUGAAACCUACGGAUGAUGAAAUACGCUACUUAUUGUCAGAGAUUGAUCUCACGUACCACGGCCAACUGGAGCUUCAGGACUACCUACAGGUAGAAAUAUCCUACGAAAAAGUGGGAAUUUGGUGUAGCUGGGAUACCAAUCAUGCUAUCGUGGUCCACGUCUCUUUUUCACAGAACUACGGCGAGGAGGUGACCGGAGAACAAUUGCACGAAAUAUUGAAAGAGAUCGACACUAACAUGAAUGGACAAGUCGAGCUCGACGAAUAUCUUCAGAUGAUGUCUGCGAUCAAGUCUGGUCACGUGGCAUAUUCACGACAAAAAACGAUAAGAUGUCCAAAACUCAGUAAAGUAAAGUUACGCAUUCACAAGUAUUAUUUCACAACUCUAGAUUAUAAUUUAUUGCAGUUUUGCGUAUGUAAAUAG